AUGGCAAAGAGCACCGAGUCACUGCAGUUACUGCUGCUCAUUCUACAUUGUGUCUUUAUGCCAGCUUCAUCACAAGUCUGCAGCCUGCUUGGUCAACCUGCCUUACCUUCACUUUCUGUGGAAAGAGAAAUCAACAUUGGGGCAGUUUUCUCAAUCCAUAGAAAUGCUCGACUAAAAAUACACAAUUAUACUUCCAAACCAGAUCCUACAACAUGUGUCAGCUUAAACUUGCGUGAGUUUAAAUUUGCUCAGACACUGAUUUUUGCCAUUGAAGAGAUUAAUAAUAGCACAAAGUUGUUGCCUGGUAUUUCUUUGGGUUAUAAGAUAUAUGACUCAUGUCGCUCUAUUGCUCAAACAAUACUCUCAGGCAUGGCUUUAAUGAACGGUUGUGAAGACACUUUGAGUGAUACAUCCUGCUCUAGACCACCAGCUGUGCAUGCCAUUGUUGAAGAGUCAACAUCUUCACCCACCAUUGGCUUGGCUUCUGUAGUUGGUCCAUUCAACUUACCUGUUAUUAGCCAUUUUGCUACUUGCGCAUGCCUGAGUGACAGAAAAAGGUAUCCAUCCUUCUUCAGAACAAUAUCCAGUGAUUAUUACCAAAGCAGAGCUCUGGCUCAGCUUGUCAAGCACUUUGGCUGGACCUGGGUUGGGACGGUCAGGAGUCGCAAUGACUAUGGUAAUAAUGGAAUUGCAGCAUUUGAGGAGGCAGCAAAAGAAGAAGGGGUCUGUAUUGAAUACUCAGAAGCCAUAUUAAGCAGUGAUCCACAAGAACAAUUUCUAAAGAUACUGGAAGUAAUUAAAAAGGGCACCACCAAGGUUGUGCUAGCUUUUAUGGCAUUAGGAGAUUUUCUGCCCCUUCUGACAAUAAUUUCACAACACAACAUAACGGGGAUACAAUGGGUUGGCAGUGAAUCCUGGAUCACUUCUGGAACUCUUGCAGAAACAAAGGAAUUCAGUUUUCUUUCUGGAGCUGUGGGUUUUGCUAUAGCAAAUGCCAAAAUUACAGGCCUGCGAGAGUUCCUAUUGAAUGUUCACCCUGAUCAAGAACCAAAAAAUGAACUUUUAAAAGAAUUUUGGGAAAUAGGUUUUCAUUGCUCAUUCAGGCUCAUUGGCAGUGAUGGCUGUACUGGUUCAGAGAGACUUGCAGAGCUUCAAAAUGAAUACACUGAUGUAUCAGAGCUACGGAUAGUAAAUAAGGUGUACACUGCAGUGUAUGCUAUUGCAUAUACACUUCAAAAUGUAUUAAAAGAUUUUAGAUCUUCCAACAGCAGCAAAAGAGGAUGGCCCACACCACAAAUGGUGUUGAAGUAUAUGAGGGAUGUGAGAUUCACUGUUAAAACAGGUGAAGAAAUCUUCUUUGAUGAAAGUGGUGAUCCAGUGGCAAGAUAUGACCUUGUAAACUGGCAAUAUGCUGAGGAUGGAAGUAUGCAGUUUGAGCAAGUGGGGCUCUAUGACAGCUCACUGCCUUCACAGCAACGUCUUCAAGUCAAUCAGGAACACAUACUAUGGGUAGAGAACAGUGUACAGUUGCCUGUGUCCGUGUGUAGUGAGAGCUGCCCCCCCGGCACUAGGAAGGCUGUUCAAAAAGGUCGACCUGUCUGCUGUUAUGACUGUAUUCCAUGUGCAGAAGGAGAAGUCAGUAAUGAGACAGAUUCUAGUGACUGCUUUCCUUGUGAUUUGGAGUACUGGUCAAAUGAAAGCAAAGACAGAUGUGUAUUAAAAGUGAUUGAAUUCCUUUCAUAUACAGAAAUCAUGGGGAUGGUGCUUUGUAUUUUCUCUUUCAUUGGGGUGUUAUUAACAGCAAUGGUAUAUUUUCUGUUUUACCUUCAUAAAGAAACAUCUAUUGUAAGAGCAAACAACUCAGAGCUGAGCUUCCUGCUUCUCUUCUCAUUGUCUCUGUGUUUUCUCUGUUCUCUUACUUUCAUUGGUCGACCCACUGAGUGGUCCUGUAUGUUGCGUCACACAGCAUUUGGGAUCACUUUUGUCCUCUGUAUCUCCUGUGUUCUUGGAAAAACACUAGUUGUGUUAAUGGCUUUUAGAGCUACACUUCCAGGAAGUAAUGUCAUGAAAUUGUUUGGGCCUCUUCAACAGAGACUCAGUGUUGUUUUCUUAACAUUAAUACAGGUGAUUAUCUGUGUGCUUUGGUUAACAAUAUCCCCUCCUUUCCCGUAUAUGAAUUUAAGCUAUUACAGAGAAAAGAUCAUCCUUGAAUGUAACUUAGGUUCACCUUUUGGUUUCUGGGCUGUUCUAGGUUAUACUGGCCUACUAUCAAUUAUGUGUUUUCUUUUAGCUUUUCUUGCUCGUAAGCUUCCUGAUAACUUCAAUGAAGCCAAGUUCAUCACAUUCAGUAUGCUCAUAUUCUGUGCUGUCUGGCUUACAUUUAUCCCAGCUUAUGUAAGUUCUCCGGGCAAAUUCACGGUAGCUGUACAGAUAUUUGCAAUUUUAGCAUCAAGUUUUGGUUUAUUAUUUUGCAUAUUUGUUCCAAAAUGUUACAUAAUUUUGCUAAAACCAGAGAAAAACACAAAGAAACACAUGAUGAGGAAAUAG